ACCGUAAGUUGCUUCCAGGUCUUUUAAAAAUACUUCAAACUGCCGUGGUUGAGAUCUUGCUUUCUGCAGAAAUUGACACAUGUUAUUGCACAUAGUUGUUCCUGAUGUAAUAUGCAGUGUACCGAUGAUAUCGAAGGUAGCCCAGCGUCGCCUACUUUUAUUUUCAUUCGCCCAGUACAACCUGGUGCUUCCGAUAAUAUUGCUGGCCCUCCAUCAUUAACAACACUACGCAAACUUUUGAGUAGUAUACCCGUGUCAUUCAUUGUGUAUUCUACAGCAUCAAAAAUAUCUUCUCCGGCCAUUGUAUCUUUGAGCGGUAUAACGUCUAGUAGUUCGUCGGUGAUAGUAAAGACUAUUUCGACACCCUAACGAAAACAGCUAAUUAUGC